CGUCACAGUUCCACUAUUACACUCAUCUUGCCGGCGUCAAUACGCACUAGGUUAACACCGUCUGCACUCUAAAACUGCACUUGCAGUGCCGCCUGUUCGGCGUUUAAACACACAUUAUUCUCGGUUGAUCUACAUUUUACUUACGCGGUCCGAACCACAAUGGCUGAGGCUGAGGCUGCCCCGCCGGUGCGCGAGCCGGUUCCGCCGCGCGUCGUUGAGUAUGACCCGAUUACGGGAGUGCCAGCGGAAUUCAAUGAGUACCUACCAAAAGACUGCGAGGAGUACAAGAAGUGGAAGGCGGCUCAGGAGGCUGCCCUAGCAGGCGAGAGCGUGGAGAAGCUGACGGUAAAAGAGAAGCCCGAGGAGGAGAAGAAGCUUCCUGGUGGCAAGACGAAGAAAAAGUCUAAGCCGCAAGUCGUCGUGAGCGUCGCGCAGCGCCAGAAGAACAAGAGCACCACGACGGUGGCCGGGCUGGAGUUGUUUGGCGUGAAGCUGUCGGAGGCGGGCAAGCUUUUCGGAAAGAAGUUUGCUUGCGGUGCUUCCGUCGUCAAGACAGCGUCGGGAACGGAGCAGAUCGAGAUGCAGGGCGACUUCCUGCUCCAAAUCCCAGAGCUCUUGCUGAAGAACUACAAGAACAUCACCAAGGAGGACGUGUUCUUCGUGGACAUGGCGGACGGGAAAAAGAAGAAGAACUUCUUCGCGGAGGAGGACGAGGAGGAGGAUGACAGCUAGAUAGCUCAGCAGUUAGGGGGAUUGGGUUAGCAUCCGUACUGGCCGGUUCGCCGCGCAAGGGCAGGAUGCUGGUUGGCGAUUGCGAUGUGGGAGCUGGGUCGGCGCUUGCGUGGAGCACAGACGCAGGGGGACAGCAGGAGCAGUUGGGUUCGAUAGCAGGGCACUGUCAGUUGUGUUGGCAAAUAGGCUCAGUUACGCCUUUAGUUGUGGCUCACGAGCAGCCAGCGAGCAGCCGUGGCUGCAGUAAUCGGAUCCGCCAUACGUGCGUGUGUCAGCCCCGCAUGCACUCUGGGACGCAAACUCUUUGGGCUGAUGGCCGUGUCUUGCUGCCACAGUUUCGGGCUUUCCUAGCUAGCUUGCAAACAUUUGAUAUCUGGCGCCCCGUUGGGCCGGAGUGUGGACGAGUGAGGAGGACUGGGGCUGCCCCUUUUGGCUGAAUGUGGACUGUGGAGGACUGGGUCUCGGAAGAUUGCUGGAUAGUGCAUGGGCGUGUGGCAGGCUUCUCGUUGAGCGCAAGGUCAAGGUAGUAGUAAUGCUGCAUUGCUGUGGCUAGCUAUUUGCAGCCGCAGGCAACGGGACCACGGGCUUACAACGUUAGCAACACUACGGGCGAAGGGCACAUCGCUGAAAGGCGCCCUUUGCUGAUGCAUCGUCGUCGAGUUGCUGUUUGUCACACAGCGAUUGAAACAAACAUGUUU